AUGUCUCCUUAUCGUCUUAUCUAUGGUAAAUUUUGCCAUCUACUGGUUGAAUUUGAGCACCAUUCUUAUUCUUCAAAUACAUGA